GUGGAAGGAUUGUGAUUGUGAUUUAUUUUCUUUCAUUAUACAACAUUGAUUAUUAGACGUGCCCGCUGGCUUUCCGACUGAACCAGAUUGCCAUUUAACUAGCUUUCUCCGCCGCCUGGCAAGAGGAUCAGUUUAGAGACAAAUUCUGCAGAAUGAGGUGUUUUCUAAGAUUUCUCAGUUCUGUUUUGUUUCUCUCCUUUGCAACUUCAGCGACCAGUAACUUUCUUCAAAGGGAGUCUUCUCUCUCAGUUGAAACUGAUUCAGACCUCCUGACCUCCCCAGAUAAGACGUUCACCUGUGGCUUCUAUGAGGUGGGAGAAAAUGCUUACUGCUUCUCAAUUUGGUUCACCAAUUCUAAGAACAGAACAGUUGUUUGGAUGGCCAACCAAGACAAGCCAGUCAAUGGCCGAGGCUCCAGAAUCUCACUGAGGCGAGACGGCGCCAUGGUCCUAACCGACGUGGACGGCUCGACCGUGUGGCAGACCAACACCACCGCCACUGAUGUUCAAACAGCUGAGCUUUUGGACUCUGGGAACCUUGCUCUAAAAGACCCAUACGGUAAAAUUCUGUGGCAAAGUUUUGAUUUUCCUACAGAUACUCUUCUUCCUAACCAACCCUUUACAAAGAACAAGAAACUGGUUUCUACUUUAGGAAGAGGUUCCUAUGAUUCUGGUUAUUUUAGUCUUUAUUUUGAUAACGAUAAUGCGUUGAGGUUGAUGUAUGAUGGGCCUGAUAUAUCAAGCUUGUAUUGGCCUGAUCCUGGUUCUAGUAUGUAUCAAAAUGGAAGAACAAAUUAUAAUAGUAGCAGAAUCGCUGUUUUAGAUGAAAUGGGUACUUUUUCAUCCAGUGACAGGUUUCUGUUCAGCGCUGCUGACAUGGGUCCUGGAGUCAAAAGGAGGCUGACAAUGGAUUAUGAUGGAAACCUUAGACUUUAUAGCCUUAACAAUUUGUCAGGAUUGUGGGAGACUUCAUGGGCAGCUCUCACUGAACCGUGUAGAGUUCAUGGGAUAUGUGGGAGAAAUGGGAUUUGUGUUUAUACACCGCAGGCCCAGUGCUCAUGUCCUCCUGGCUAUGAGGUCACCGAUCCAAGUAAUUGGAACAAAGGUUGCAAGCCAAAGUUCAAUCAAACUUGCAGCCAAGCCAAUGAAACGAAAUUUCUGGAGCUUCCAAAUGUAGAUUUCUAUGGAUAUGAUCUCAAUUACAGUUCAGAAAGUUCAUUUAACGAUUGCAGAAAACUCUGCUUAGAGGAUUGCCGUUGUGAAGCAUUUAGCUAUAGGUUAACAGAAAGGGUUUGUUUGACAAAAAAUGCACUUUUUAAUGGCAUCAGGACUCCAAGUUUUCCAGGCAGUAUAUAUCUAAAAUUGCCAGCAAGUUUGGAAACCACAGAACCCAACAGUCUCAAUGGCACCAAUCCAAUAUGUGGGAUCCGUGGAUCUGAAAUUGUGACAGGGUCUCCUUCCAUGUACAUCUUCACGGUUUAUCUUUACUCGUUUGUUUCUGCAAUCGGUGCAGUUGAAGUUCUCAUCUUUGUAUUGGGUUGGUGGUUCCUUUUUAGAGGACAUGGCGUGUCAGCUUCAGUGGAAGAUGGGUACCGCGCGCUAUCAAGCCAGUUCAGGAAAUUCAGUUAUGCUGAACUGAGGAAGGCAACCAAGAAGUUCAAUACAAUGCUAUGAGCACGCGUAAAUGUCUUCAACGAGUGACUUAUCAAGUGGUCCGACAUUAUGUAAAUGUGGAGUACCUGCACGAGUGAGGUACUCUUGGACCUCGUCCAAUCCCAGCAAGAAGUGGUACGGAUGUAUUAACUAUAAGAAAGCCUGCGAUUGUGAUUAUUUUGAUUGGGCUGAUAAAAAAAUGACCAUAUAUGAGGAGGGAUUAAUGAAAUAUUUGAGAGGAAUGAAGGAGAGAAGGCUUGCUGAGAAGGACAAAGUCGAUGAAUUGAUUGAUCAAAAAUACAAGGAACAUGCCGAUAAACUACGUCGGGAGUUAGGUUGGGCCAGAAUGAUGGCCAAAAUAGCGGGAAGAUGUUUAGGGCUGCGUUGUUAGUUGGCAUUUUGGUGUUAGGCUUUUAUUUUAUUAAUUAUAGCGGACCUAGAAGUACUAAGUUGAUGUUAAAAUGACAGUUGAGUUGUGAAAAAAGUUCAAUUGUAUGUUUUCAUUUUGGAUGCCUCUUUGUUUUGAAUGUUAGGUAUGUUUCUUUGUCAUGGUGUUAUUAAUGAGAUUGAGCAUUGACUAUAUGU